GCAGGAGCAGCAGCAGCAGGACCAGCCGGACCAGCAGGAGCAGCAGCAGCAGGAGGAGCAGGAUCGGGAGGAUCCCCGCUGCUCCCGGAGACGUUUCCCUCGGCGGGUCCGGGCCGGGGCCGCGCAUCAUGGAGCCCGUGACCAAGUGGAGCCCCAAGCAAGUGGUGGAUUGGACCCGAGGUUUGGAUGAUUGCCUGCAGCAAUAUGUCCAGAAAUUUGAACGGGAGAAGAUAAACGGCGAACAGUUGUUGCAGAUUUCCCAUCAGGAUCUCGAAGAACUGGGCAUCACACGAAUUGGACACCAGGAACUAGUGUUGGAGGCUGUAGACCUUCUCUGUGCAUUGAACUAUGGUCUUGAGACGGACAAUAUGAAGAACUUAGUUCUGAAACUGAGGGCCUGUUCCAACAACUUACAGAACUACAUCAGCAGCCGAAGAAAAAGUUCUGUUUACGAUGGCAACUCAUCUCGUAAGCCUCCCAACGAGUUUCUGACAUCUGUCGUGGAGCUCAUUGGGGCUGCUAAGGCAUUGCUUGCCUGGCUGGACAGGACUCCGUUCACGGGGAUCACUGACUUCUCUGUUACAAAGAACAAAAUCAUACAACUCUGCUUGGACUUGACAACUACGGUUCAGAAGGAUUGUACUGUGGCUGAAAUGGAAGAUAAAGUCAUAAAUGUAUCCAAGGUGUUAAAUAGUAUCUGUGACAAGACCAUCAGAUCAACAACAGAUCCACUGAUGAGCCAGUGUGCGUGUCUGGAAGAAGUCCGGCUGCCAAAUGUUAAACCCGGGGAAGGCUUGGGCAUGUACAUCAAAUCAACAUAUGAUGGACUGCACGUUAUUACAGGAACAACAGAAAAUUCUCCUGCUGAUAAGUCUCAGAAGAUUCAUGCAGGCGAUGAAGUGAUUCAAGUUAAUCAGCAGACUGUGGUUGGGUGGCAGUUAAAAAACCUUGUGAAAAAGUUGCGAGAGAAUCCUACAGGAGUUGUACUACUGCUUAAGAAACGUCCCACGGGUUCAUUCAACUUUACACCUGCUCCGCUGAAAAAUCUAAGAUGGAAGCCUCCUCUUGUGCAGACCUCUUCUCCACCCACCAUUACGCAGUCCCCCGAAGGCACCAUGGAUGCCUCACUGAAGAAAGAGAAACCAGCCAUUCUGGACCUCUAUAUCCCUCCCCCCCCUGACGUUCCCUACUCUCCUCGGGAUGAGAAGGGCAGUUUUGUCUGUGGAGGAUUCCCUAAAUAUAAACAUCCUCUGCCUGGCUCGAAGGGCUCAGAAUCCCCCAAUUCCUUCUUGGACCAGGAAAGUCGAAGACGAAGAUUCACCAUCGCGGAUUCUGAUCAGCUGCCUGGAUAUUCAACCCAAGCAAAUAUUUUGCCCACAAAAAUGAGGGAAAAAACCCAGUUUUCCGGAAAGCCUAGACCGUUGUCUAUGCCUGCGGACGGAAGCUGGAUGGGCAUCGUGGAUCCUUUUGCCAAACCACGGGGACAAGGGCGAAGAGGUGAUGAUGUCCUCUGCAGGUAUUUCAGUAAUGAGAGGAUACCGCCCAUCAUUGAAGAAAGCUUUUCCUCCCAGCAUCGUUUUUCCAGGCCCAUGGCUGAGCGGCAGCUUGUGCGAGGCACAGAUUACAUUCGAGGAAGCAGGUGCUACAUUAAUUCUGAUCUCCACAGCAGCGCCACCAUCCCGUUUCAGGAGGAAGGGACCAAAAAGAACUCUGUCAGAUCCUCCCCGAAGUCAUCCUCCGCAGAGCCUUCACUUUUCGUCAGCUGGAUCACACGGCUCAAACUAUUGACUCACUGAGGUUCCCCUCGGCAGAACACCGCUAUCCAUCCUCCUCAGUUCCUAAGUGCCUUUGUUUUUCCAGUGGGCCUUUUCUUAUUGCAUCUACAGUAUUAUGUAGCAGCUCUUAAAUUUUUGUGGGAGAAAGGAGGAGAGUUGUCCACCCAGUGUCUCCUACACAAGAAUAAUUAGAUAUCAGGGCAGGGAGGAGAAGAAGGGGUAGAGAUGGAGUCUGCUUUUGACAGACCCUGUGCUGACUAAAUUAGACUGGUGGCAUUUCUUGACUUUCUACCAUUGUGUAAUGGCCUCAUCAGUGUGCAGGUAGGUAGACCUGGCAAAUAUCAACCUUACCCUUGCUUUUUCCGAGGGGAAACCAGUUUUAGAAAACUAUGGUUUGCUGUGAGUUGAACAGCUGUCUUGAUUUGAAUUGUGAAAUUGGUUCUACUUCCAUUUUCUUUGUAAACCAGAGAGUAGUACAGGGGCCUUGUUACACUGCAACAGCACAUGAGCAUACAUUUAGAUACAGAUUAUCACCCAUUGACGAAAUCCAUUCUUCAGUUGGUUAUUUAAGGGUUUUUUUUGUUGUUACAUAUAAUUCUUUUUUUAAGAUUUGCUGGCAACCAAAGUACCUUUCAAAAAUUAAAGUGACUCUAGGGCUAGGGAGUGCCUCAGAAGUUUGCAUUUUGUUUAAUGUAAUAUAGGAAAUAAAAUCAGGAUAUUGAAAUUGUACAUCCAUAGCUUGGAAAUUCCAGUGGUCAAUCAUUUUCAAGUUAGCAUCAGGUAUUUUGGAAAAAAUCUCUUGGAAGCAUUAGGGUAUAAAAAAUCUUGUUUAAAAUGAAUGUACAAUAUUUUGUUAGAAUGGAAAAAAGUCUUAUUGUGUUAAAAAAAUAAUUUAAAUGUUCUAAAUAUAGUUGUAUAUUUUUCUUAUUCAUACCAA